AUGAAUAUUGAAGAAAUCUUGCCAGAACUAUUCGGCGAAAAGCGCAUUUAUUAUUGUCAGCGUUGUCUCAAUCAUGGCUUGGAUAUAAAACGAAAAAAUCAUAAAGCAGAUUGUAUUUAUCGAUUCUGCACUUGUAAUGACUGCCAGAUGGUUGAUCGAAGACGAGAACUAAACUCUCGCCUACUUCAAAUUGAGACGACUUCACCACCAUCAUCAAUAACAGAAACAACUACCGAUAUGCAUCUAAUACUCGCACAAUCUGCGUCAUCUCCACAGAGUACUAAAGGCAAAGAACGACGACCCAAUUGCCAACGAUGCGCUCAACACUUCGUUCAAGCAAGGCUAAAAGGUCAUAAACGUUGUUGUCCUUUUAGAGAUUGUCCUUGUGCUAAAUGUCAAGUCGUUCAAGAACGUCAGAAGCUUAUGGCCGAUCAAAUUAAAUUGCGUCGGAAGCAAAAAAAACAGAAAACCUUGGAUGCUAUCAUUGAUAUGGAUAACGCAAAUAUCCCGAUCAGUACGUUUAUAAAUAUUCGAUGCAUGAAAUGCACUCAACAAUUAUUUGGCUAUCAACAUUUAUUGUCAUUGGUCGAUCCGAGCAUGAUUCUCGAUCCAGCAUUGAUCUCUACUAUAUUAGCCGCGUACACGAAUGGCAAUCAAUCCGAUCUCUAA